UUAUAGUUUACAAAUUAAAAUAAUUAAUUAAUAUAUAAAAAUAAAAAAAAUUUUUAAUCACCUCAAACCUUUAAAAAAUUAAAAAUUUAUGAUAGAAGAGAGAGGAUGAGGAAGGAUCCAACAUUUGAUAAAAGUGCAGUGGAUGCCUCCAAAAUCAAAGUAAAAAUUAAACCCAGAAGUGGCCACAUUGUUUCUUUUUUCUUCUUCAAGUGGAAUCAAAUAUUGAACCAUUGAUUUUGGUUCCGAUUUUGUCGUCCAAACUAAAUCCAUUACAUAGACCAAACCCUAAUUCGAUCAAGCCAUUGCGAACUGCAGAUUGCUAAGUCUUGAUCAUUGGUUUGAACGCAACUUGCUUCUCAACCCAUUCGCAUGAUUCAUUCACAAGCUUGAGGCCCCAAGCUAGAACUGAUCAAGAACGAGUCCCCGAGCAUUUGAGAUGCCGUCUUUAGAAUCAGAAGUGAAGGAUUGUGUAGGUGAGUCAUAAGUGUGGGAUUAUCUAUGAGGGUGGUCAAGAACCCUUCUUAGGUUAUCAAGUUGAGUUUGCCAUAGCCAACAGUCCAACACCUCCAUGUUCAAGCACGAGAACUCAAAACAUAGGCGACAAUAUCGUCGCCCAUGGGCAAUCGGUGGUGAAAGGGUGGUCAAGAACCCUUCUUAGGCCAUCAAGUUGAGUUUGCCAUAGCCAACAGUCCAACACCUCCAUGUUCAAGCACGAGAACUCGAAACAUAGGCGACAAUAUCGUCACCCAUGGGCAAUCGGCGGUGAUGACAUCAUUGUAAUUAUCUUCAGACGGCAUUUCACUGGCGCAAGAGAGAGUCGAUACUGGAGGUAGGGUGUGGAGCUCACUGAAGGUCAGGUGAAGAGCUAAUAAGGUUGAAGAAAAAUGAUGAGAAGCACGCUGACGAUGGAUGAGAAGAUCGCCGAUGCUGGGGGUGAGAAGCUUGACGGUGAGUAAGGAGGAUGAUGCAUGUCUCCUAUUUUCAUCAUGCCAAACGGGUCUUAAAUUUUUGCUGGAGUAACGGAAAACGGUGUCGUUUUCAAGGAGGCUCCCUGAUUCAUAAAAAUCUCGUUCCCUCCCAGGGGCAAGGACUCAAGCUUCGGAAGCGCACUCAGUACUCAGAUGGCUGCUACAAUGAAGGUGGAAGAGUUGCGGACCGAGCUCGCUAAACGUGGGCUCAGCACUACCGGAAUCAAGCCUACUCUGGUCCGUAGGCUUGAUGCGUCUCUUCGUGAAGAAAGCGGGCAUGUAACGGAUGACGGCCGUACUUCAUCUCGUCAAAGGAGAGAACGGGAACCAGAAAAUGGGGAUUUGGAAAUCUCUAAUAAACUCACGGCAAUGGAGAUGUUCCGUGGAAUGGGCGUUCAGCAACUGCGUGAAGAAGCUUCCCGGCGUGGAAUUUCCGUCGUCGGUUCGAAGAAGCAGCUUCUUGAUAGACUCUGUGGAGAAUUAAGGAACGGUUCGGAGAAUGCUGAUGAAGAUGAAGCUACAAAUUGUGAAGAGAAGGAAAAGAUGGUUAUAGCAACCAAAAAAGGUGCCGCUGUUUUGGAUCAAUGGCUUCCAGAUCACGUGAAGACUCAGUAUCAUGUUCUGCAAAUGGCUGGUGAAAUCUACGACGCCAUGUUGAGCCAGACAAAUGUUGGAGACAACAAUAACAAAUUCUAUGUCAUUCAAGUUCUUGAAUCGGAUGAUGGUGGUAAAUUCCUUGUUUACAAUAGAUGGGGAAGGGUAGGUGUAAAGGGCCAAGACAAGAUACAUGGCCCUUACGCUUCUUGUGAGACUGCCAUCCAGGAGUUUGAAAAUAAGUUUUUUGCCAAGACAAAGAAUCAUUGGUCUGACAGGAAGGGUUUUGCUUGCCACCCAAAGAGUUACGUUUGGUUGGAAAUGGAUUACAGUGGAAAUGACAAAGAAUCUACUGUCACAGAAAUGCAUGCAUGUGCGUUAGAAGUGAAACCUCUGGAAUCAAAACUUGAGUCACGUGUUGCAAAAUUUAUAUCUCUCAUUUGUAAUGUGCGCAUGAUGAAUCAGCAAAUGAUGGAAAUAGGAUACAAUGCAAAUAAGUUGCCUCUUGGAAAACUGAGCAAAUCAACAAUUUUGAAGGGUUAUAAUGUUCUCAAAAGAAUCUCAGAUGCGAUUAAUAUUUUUGAUAGAAAAACUCUGGAGCAACUAAGCGGAGAAUUCUACACUGUUAUUCCUCAUGACUUUGGAUUUAAAAAAAUGCGUGAGUUUGUGAUUGACACGCCUCAGAAGUUAAAACGCAAGUUGGAAAUGGUUGAAGCUCUUGGUGAAAUCGAGGUUGCAACAAAACUAUUGAACAUUGACACAGGAAUGGAGCGAGAUCCCCUGUUUGCUCGUUACCAACGCCUCCAUUGUGAACUGAUGCCUGUUGAAGUUGAUUCUGAGGAGUUCUCCAUGAUUGCAAAGUAUAUGCGGAACACUCAUGCUGAAACACACUCAAACUAUACUGUGGAUAUAGUUCAAAUAUUCAGGGUAUCAAGAGAAGGUGAAGCUGAACGCUUCAGAAAGUUCUCUUUCGCAAAGAAUAGGAUGCUUUUAUGGCACGGUUCGAGGCUCACAAACUGGACUGGAAUUUUAUCUGAAGUAACUGAGAAGAAUGCAUCAUCAGGUUUGCGCAUAGCUCCUCCUGAGGCACCAGUAACUGGUUACAUGUUUGGCAAAGGAGUUUACUUUGCUGACAUGUUCUCCAAAAGUGCAAACUAUUGCUAUGCUUCUCGCACAGCUAAGGAUGGAGUGCUUCUUUUAUGUGAGGUUGCACUGGGUGAGAUGGCUGAGCUUCUAACUGCUAAGUAUGAUGCUGAUAGCCUGCCCGAAGGAAAGCUGAGCACAAAAGGAGUAGGAGGAACUGCACCAGAUAUGUCAGAGGCUCAGGCAGUUGAGGACGGACUCAUUGUUCCCCUUGGGAAGCCCACAAAGCGUGUGGGCAUUAAUGGUGAUUUACUGUACAAUGAGUACAUUGUUUAUAAUGUGGAGCAGAUUAGGAUGCGCUAUGUUGUUCAUGUGAAUUUCAAUUUUAUUCGAAGAACUCAGUAGCAAGAUGUGCCUGAUAUUGUAGCUUUAGUCUUUUUCUGGUUACAGCGGUUUACAACCUUUGGCCGCCUUGUAGUUCAGAAAAAUUUAGUCACGAUGGUUUUAGCAGCGAUUUCCUGUGUUGUGGCUGUAUAUAUGUCUGAGGAAAGGGGAGGGGUGGGUGUUGGGAGUUCAUACGUUUUGUGAUAAUCUUUAUUUCGAAAUUGAUUUCCUUAUUUCCAGUGUCUGUUGUUGCUAAUUUACACCCUUAACUUGGUCGUUGUGUAAAUAACGGGAAGUCGGUGAUAUAGACAGCUGUUUGGAGGGCGCUCCUUGAUUGUUCUGUUAA